AUGACAGAAGUUCCAGUAAAAGUUGCUGUUCGGGUACGUUGCUAUGAAAAUCAGCGCACUGAUCUGACAUAUCUAGGCAAUCACUAAGAAAUUUGUAAUUGGCUCGUUUAAGUUAGGGGGGUUAUUGUUGGUCUUGCAUUUAUUUUAUUUUAUCCUACUAUUUAAUUUUAUCCCCAUGUCCGCUAAAGAACACUUUUGUAGAUUUUUUAGAUCGUGGGCGGCUAAUUUUAUCGAAUAGUGUUUGAAAGUAAUUUACUUGAGCAUUAAAAUCCUUCGCAGCCGUUCUUUUGGAUGUCACACAAGGCUCAUUCGAUUGGAAGCAGAGAGAGAGUCACUGCGAAGUCAGAAGUGAGGACCUGUAAAUGGAAAUUAAAAAAGUCAAAGAAAAUGUUUUCCCCAUCACUGUGCAACCCCCCAAUUACUUUUUCAAAUAUUUUACCACUUAGACAUAAAACACUUGGGCAGGUAGAUAAUAUUCAGGAUAGUCACAUUUACCAAUAGUUCCCAUAAAUGCAAUGCCUUGGUGAAGAUUUAUUAAAGUAACUCAUCACAAUUUAACUACAAUCAUUAGACAUUUUUUCUCAUGUGCAAUUGGUUUACACUCAUCAUGUGACCAAUAUGCCAUUAAAAUCUAGGGAAUAAUCAGAUAACAUUUUAUAUCCUCCAAUGUUUAUGCCUUGGGCACACUUUGAUGAAAAAAUGUAAAAGUGUAGAGUAUUUUGCCAUUGUUACAGAAGAGAGACAAACUCAGUAAAAGUCUUUUGCAUUACAUGGGAAGUAAGGAGCAAUUCAGGGGCCUUCAAAUGGGUUAAUAUCUAAGCAAUUUUUUUCAAAGCAUGUCAUUGUGUUAUGCCCUCAGGUACGCCCUUUGGUUGGCAAGGAGAAAGUCCACAAUGUCCCACAGUGUGUGCGCUUUAUUCCAGAGAAGCCUCAAUUGAUCCUUGGAAAGGACCGGGGAUUCACAUUUGAUUAUGUGUUCCCUCCAAAAGCAAGUCAGGUAAUGAAUUUAUUAUUAAUACAAUGUGCGUGUUUAUUGUACUGUGUGUAUAUAACAAACAUGCGAAAUCGGGUGAUGAUGUAAAUGAAGGGCUAAAAUCAGAAGAAAAGACCUGAUCACCAAUAAUAGAUUACACAAGAGCCAAAAACUAUCUUUCAGAAUAUGUUGUACCAGUUGCAGUAGAUUUAGUCUUGUCCUUUUUGAGUUAAUAAGAAGAGUAUAGAAAAAUGCCAAAGAGGGGGGACACAUUUGGAUGAUUUAAGUUCCAUCAGGGAGUGUUCAUUUAAAGAGCUCUUUUUUAAAUGGGAAUGCUUUUCAAACAAACUUUGUAAUAAAUGCUGAUGUAGGAAGUUCACAAUGGGUUUUGGAAAAGAGCAUAUAGCAGGUAAGUUAAGGAAAAAUACUUCAUGUCUGAUUAUUUCUUUUUCCAUGCAAGAAUAAACUCAAUAUUUCAUAGAAGAUGGCAAGUUGUUGAUUUUUAAGAGUUUUUCUUUAAUCUUUGUCAUCAGACAGAGGUUUAUGAAAAGUGUGUGGAACCAUUGGUGAAAAGCUGUAUGGAAGGAUAUAAUGCCACUGUGUUUGCUUAUGGACAAACUGUGAGUGCUGUUGUGAUGCUCUGUUCAUUCUUGUUGCUUUAUUGCCACAUCUAAUAUCAUAAUAGCAGUAGGUUUGUAAAUAGCAACUAGUAAAUCUUGAGGUUACUGUGCUCAAGUCUUGUAGCUGUAAGCUCAAAAUUGUCUUGCAAAGUCAUGGUUGGUGUGUGUACAUGUAAAUGUGAUUUGAUAUUUAUAGGUAAAGUGUUCAAUAUAAAGCCCAUCUCUGGUGUAGGAACCCAUUACAUACAUGUGUAAAUUGAAGUCAAAACAGUGUACCGGUGGAAAAUUUUUUAGUGAAAGUUUGUUUACAAACUAAGGAAACUCCAUAGUUUCUUACAAGGUAAACCCUAAGAUACCAAGAAAUAGCAUGUACAUACAUGUAAUGAAGAAGUUUUCUAACACUUUUUCAAUCAGUUAAAUGUUUAUUUGUAUGACAGAGCUCUGGGAAGACCUAUACAAUUGGUGGAACUGACAGUGCUGGCCUUUUGGAAGAACAGUAUGGGAUCAUUCUUAGAGCUGUUAAACAACUUUUUCAGAUUAUGGAGGUAAAUGUUAGCACAGGGAAAUGCAGGAUUUUCAAAAAGAGUUUGCAGAGCAUCAUGUAACAGGAUUUUAGUCAUACCUUUCUCUAAGGGAUUUAAACCUUGGAGUAAAAGUGGAUUGUUUUAGGGGAUCUCCUCAGUGAGGGGCAAGAACCACAGGGCACCUGUUUGCUCAGAAGGUUAUCAUUCCAACAGAGAUAGAGAUUGUAUCACUUUAUAAAUAACUGAUAUUUCAUUUGUGAACUAGCAUCAUGCUCUAUUUACCUACAAUUGAUUCUUCAAGGGAAGGAAUUUUUAUAGUUCUUAUUUCACCAUAUUGAAUCUAUUGCCAUGUUUGACUUGUCAUGAGUAAUGGGUAAAGAAAAGAUGAUGAAGUGAAACAUUAAGUUACAAAUUUAUGAUUUUAGGAUUAUAAAAAUAAUUAUUCCAGGAGUGUGCAUUGGAUAUGAGAUGAGAGAUAGCCAACAUGGUCCAUAGGGCUGAGUUGGGUAUAAUUGCCUCAUAUCUGACAAGUGUGAGUGGUAUAAGUAUUUUAAAAAACACCCAAAAAUAUCGAUAAAUCUUCCCAACUUUACUUUGUAACUUUUUUUUUUUUGAUGUGUACACUUACUGAAGCAUGGUGUAAUGGCUCAUAGCCCAUGAUGGCUAAGCCAAUGAAAACUCUUGCAUUGCAUUAUCCAAAGAUCCAGUUCUUAAUAAUGAUGAUUACAAUGAUGAUGAUGAUGAUGGUGGUGAUGAUGAUGAUGAUUAUUAUAAUUAUUAGGAUUUAAGUUCGUUUAACCCCACCAGUUUGCCAUCUAUAGCCAGGUGUCAUCUCUGGAGGUGUCAGGCAAAAAAUUAAUAUUUUACUCACACUUACCCACAGCUGUAAUCAUUUUCAUGAUCAUGAUGAUGUCAUCUAUUCACUCAAAACUGUUGAUAACACUAUAAUCCCCAAAAUAACUCAUAUCCAGGUUUUUUUUCCACAGGAAAACAAACACAAAACAGAGUUUGUUGUGACUGUAUCCUAUGUUGAGAUUUACAUGGAAGAGUUGAGAGAUUUACUCGAUAUGGAUACAUCCAGCAAAGAUAUUCAUGUCAGAGAGGAUGAGAAGGGAAAUACAGGUACUGCUAUAAUACAAUCGGCAGAAGGCUUACUGCCGUAGUGUUGUUGAGUUUUGUUGUACCAAAUUUCGUGCACGAAGCGAAAGAGUUAGCCCUUAUAUAUCCCAAACUUAAUCAUCUGCUUUAACGAAGAAAGGAAAUACCUUAAAAAGUCAGUAAGAACUUAAAAUAAAGCCGAAAAAAUUGCCUAAAGCGCGGGAAAACGUGAGAGACCAAAUCGCGAGUGGUUUGGAUAAUUGCAUUUGAUUGGUUGAAAGAGUGACGUGAAUUUUAUGGACCAAUCAUAGACUGAGGUAAAGUCAAAACAAACCAAUUUCGGAUUAUUUUCCUCACUCAAAUGAAAAUUGCUCUCUGUAAGUGAUCUUGCUGCAAGUCACUAGAAAGGAGGCUGAGUAUAAAGGCAUUCUUAUAAAUUGCUGGCUGCUGUGCCAAAAAAAUCUCAUUUCUCCAUCUCAAAAAAUUUGAAGCUUUUUGUCUUCGAUUGUCGAAAUAGAAAAAUACCAUUGGAACUCAAAGUAAAAACAGGCAAUUUUCCAAAAGCGUGGGAAAACGCAUCUUAUUGGUUUAGGGAAUGGCGCGAGAUUUCUAGACCAAUCGCAGAGCGAAAUAAAGCAAAGCCAGAGCAAUACCGAAUUACUCUUGACUCGCAAAUAAAAAUGGCUCUAUCAGGUACAGAAUUUUUCCUCUCUUGUUUCAGUUAUUGUAGGAGCCACUGAACAGCCAGUGAACACAGCAGAUGAAGUUAUGAGCUGCCUGGACUCAGGAUCAGCUGGGCGGCAAGUGGGCACCACGAAUAUGAAUGAACGCUCCAGCCGAUCACAUACGAUUUUCACUCUAUAUGUUGGUAAAGAAAAGUCUAAAAACAACAUUGACUUUUACGUAGAUGUCCAGUUCUAAGUAUUAAGCAGCGAAGAGGGGCGAAGUGGCAAGUUGAAAAAUUGGCAAUUUCAACUUAGCAAUCUAAUUCGUUCGGAACGAGGUUGCGUUAGCGAUAGAUUUUGAUUGAAGGGGGAAAGCCCAAAUUAGGUGUAUAGCCCACUUUUUCAAUGGAAAGAUGCAUAGACAAAGACACAAGGAUCUCCUCUCUAGCUUGGGUAGCUGGUCUUUUAAUGGACGUUUUAGGUUGACAAGCGAUGCAGUUGCAAAAACGAGUAGCGGAGCCGCGAAAAGUUUCGGACGUUUGUUACUUAGGUUAUCCCAUAUCCCUCCAUUGCUUCUUCAUGUAAUGAGCUCUUGCUUUUACACGCGAGUAUUUUGACAAAAAUACCUCAAAUUACAACUUUUUUGAGCUUAAUGUGGAUUUAAAGAUUAGUUAUUGACAUUAAGAGUUAAAUUUAUGAGAUUAUGACGUUAAUUUUUUCACAUUCACAAAUUACUUGUUAUUCGUAUCCUCAUUCUUGCUUCCUUUGAUUUCUUGAAAAAAAGAGCAAAAACCUCUGGCUGAAGAUGAGCAUGUUGACAGUGAGAAAAAAGAGCGACAUGGGUAAGAAAUUUAGUAUAUAUGUAUAUAUGUCUUGGCAGGCCUUUCAAUAAAAGCAAGUCACCAGAUCUCUCACCACCGUCUGUUUAGCCUCGAGCAGCCUCUCGUGUUUGUGUACCGCCUCAUGGCCUCUUUUCGGACCCAGUCCCCUAUUACAACAUCGGCAGCUGCUUAUAGAGAAAGUUAUUAUAACCCAUGUCUUGGUAUUUUUUUGUUUCCUUGUUUGUGCGUGUUUUUUUUUCGAUCGUAUUUCCGUUUUAAGCAAUCUUUACUAACUUGGUAAAAUGAUAAAACUGCGCUUUCUUUGGCCUAUCUUCACUCUUUUGUUCAUAGAUAGUUGGGCACCGUAGACUAAUCAUUGAUUUCUCUUAAUUAUUUGUCAGACUUCACAGAUUACAAGUAUGCUAAGUUUCACUUCGUUGAUCUUGCUGGUUCAGAGAGAGCUCAUCGAACAGGAAACGUCGGUGAAAGGUUCAAGGAGUCUGUGUACAUUAACAGUGGUUUGUUAGCACUGGGAAAUGUGAUUAGUGCUCUAGCGGACUCCAAAAAGAAGGUAUGCAAAGAAACGUAUUAUGAUACUAGAAAGGUGUAUUCAUGCAAGACAUGGAGGCCUAUUGACUUGGUACCAGUUCAAAAUACGCAUGGUUUUCUCGUUACUUAAAGCUUCUGUCUUUUUCGUUAAACUUAUGUCAUCUACAUGAAGCAUAAAGGCAAUAAGUAAUGUUUUGACCUUGUGGAUGAGAUAAUGUCACAAAUUGACGCGUUAACUGCAGCUAUUAAAGUAAUUAAUGAUCAUAAUUUAGCCUUUCAACGUCAAGUCGCGCUUAGUACAUCGUCUAGUGAGUCUUCUUCAUUGAGUGGCUCCUUUGCAAGCCGCGAUGCCUGCUCCCAGUUACAAUACCCUUAAUUCUGGCUCCUUUAAAGUCCAUCUGAGAUCAACUUUUGCGAUAUUAGUGUUUUGUCGCAGAAGCGCGGUGCCAGUCCAGUGCCAUUCUAUUCUUGCAAGGGGAGCUCUUAUGUUUUUUCUUUGACCAGUUCAAAAGGCUCGUUGCUGUCAACCUGUUUUUGUAGACAAUAAGUGUGAAAAAAUUCAGAAUUUGACCUGCACAACUUACAUGACCGGAAGUGAGUCUUCAAUUUUACCUUGCUGCAUUUUCUGAUUGCCUUUUUAGGUCCUCCAUGUUCCUUACAGGGACAGUAAGGUAACAAGACUGCUAAAAGAUUCCUUGGGAGGCAAUUCCAGAACAUUGAUGAUAACGUGUCUCAGUCCUUGUGCAACAGACUUUGCGGAAAAUUUGAAUUCCUUAAAGUAUGCCACGAGGGUGAGUAUGUUGGACCUUAGUUUAAAGCGAAAGAAAAGGAAACUAAUGCAAGACUGAGUCUAAACUAAGACUUAUGAGUACGUCAGGUAAAGCGAAGAUUGUCGCACACAAUAUUCCCUUCUUUUUAGGCUAGAAACAUUCGCAACAAGCCAGUGGUUAAUCGUGAUCCACAAAAUACAAGACUGGCAGAAAUGCAAAGCGAGAUACAGGUAAAGUGAUCUUAUAUCAGUGUGUGUGUUGGUGAACUUGAUUCACUUGAAUUUUAAGAAAAUACCCCAAAAUAUCCUAUUGCGAACUCCAAGACCAUGUUGGGUUAUUUAACGUAACCUACAUCUAAUGAAGACACAAAAAGCGCUCGCUCUCAGACUUCACUAAUAUGUAAUGGCAUCAAAGGAAGAAGCCUUUGUCAGCCAGAUAGUGCCAGCUAAAAGUACAAUAUUUGACAAAAAUCAGUUAUCGCUUGUUGUUAGGUGUUACUUUGCCUCCUGCCCCCUGUCCGUCCCUCUCUCCCUAGGUUUGAACCUUAAAGUUACACCUGUGUGAUUCUCUCGCGUUAAUCGUGGCCCUCACUCUUUUUGUCUUUUGAUGUAGGCUCUCCGUGAAGAACUUCAACGGCGCCGUGGUUCAUCUUUUGGGUCUGCCGGUACAGGAGAAGAUGCCGAGCGGAUCAAGUUGCUAGAGGAUGAAUUAGAAAGGUAAGGAACUGCGAAAAAUCAUUUUCCAAAUAUUGCUGCAUUUCAAUUUUUUAAAAUCCUAUUUGUGCACUAAAUUAGAUUUGACACCACUUCCCCUCCUAGCAUGAUGUGAGGUAUUUCGAUAUAAACGUGGAGCCAAUGAAAAAGAGUUUUUUUUUUGUCUUCUUUCAGAUCUCGUGGAGCGUGUGACACAUAUAAACAGCUUCUUUCCGAUGCUUUAAAUCAAUUAAAAGCUCUGCAUAAGGCCAGCGUGAUGUCAAAUAAUCAGUGUAGCCAGUUUGAUCGGUUGCUUAAAGCUGUAGAACAGAUCAGGUCGAGACCAAUCUGGACUCCAAACACCAGUCGUCAACAACAAGCCGACUUGAUAGAGCAGCUUAAGAAAGAACUUAACAAGGUAAUGGUGAUGAUUUUGAAGGUUUCAGGAUAGACAAAGUUAUGCAAAUGAAACAGUAAAAUUAAGUUUAUCGCCUCCCAAUUGGCUCUGCCAUUUCCCCGUCUAAACCACGAAUCCCUUUCCUUCAUAGUACAAGGAAGAUUUGUCAAGUGAUGAAGAAAUAUUCGCGGAGAAAUCAAAGGAGAUCGAAUUUCUAAGAGAGCAUGCGCAUAAACUCGAGGAAGAGAAACUUAAACUCAACAACCAACUGCAAGAAGCGCAGAAUCGCUUGAAAAAACAUGAAGAUCAACUAUUCCAGCAACAACUCCAGCUUAAUCAACUCCUUCUUAACCAAGGGGGUCAUCAAGGUACGAUUGAAGUUUUCAAGAGAUAAUUUUUUUUCUGCUUUUUUAGAAAAAAUUGUGCGACCAGAUUAGAUUAUCCUUCUGUAAAGUUUAAUUCUGUUUACUGGGCUUAUUUGUUGUUCUUUUAGAAGACAAAAUGGUCUUCUCCAGUCCUCGAGGAACACGUAUUCAUACUGCGCCAUUAGUUGAAGAUGGGACGGCGUCUAUGAAUGAUAGAGAAGUUCACAGCAGCCCGCCUGUGGUAAGCAUUAACGCGCUAUACUGUUCGUUGAGUUAAAAAAAAUCCCGAGGGAAAUGCUUGAACAAAACCGAGAUCAGCAGUAGUGGGGCGCGGAGAUUGUUUUUAAUCCAAUUUUUUUUUUCCGGAAAGAGGUAUCCUUGUAUAACUCUUACUCCCCCUACCUGCCACACUUUAAGUCUACGUGCCAUAUUGCCUUAAGAAAGAGAGCCAUACACUUGUGAAAGUUAAAGGCCUUUCCAUUUCUUACUCUUCUUGCCUUAGGUUCUAAAAAGGAAAUUUGAUUGCUUCUGUUUCGUGUCUAGUUCAUAGUUGACAGAGUCAUACAAGAUUUCAGAGCACGCAGUCAGUUGCUAGUCAGCCAACACGAGGAGGAAGACGAGGUUGUAUGCACCUUGUCAGACAGCAGUGAAAGUGCAGACGAGGUGGAUGAAGAACCUUCAAGGUACAAAAAAUUAACCCAGAGGGAAGCGAAGGCUAAGUGUAGAAUUGUGUGAUUUAUUUUUAGUAACGUACUAAUUGACCGGGAUCAUUUUGUGCUAACCAACCUCAUCCUGUUUACAUCAAAAUUGAGAGAGACAUGCUCGCCUCAGAACAUGCACAAGAAAGUUCGUUCUGACUCUGUUUACUUGCUUUUUCUAACAUUGGUCGGCAUAUUUGUUUUUAAAUCGUAGAAUAAUAUUUAUUUAUUCUCAGGGAAUUGGGCAGGACUUGGAAUAUGAAAAGAGAAAGCUCGAAAAUACCACGGGUACCUGAGACUGUUCCUAAACAAUCAAAGACUUUAAAGAUCUUGGGUAACGGCAAGGUGAAUGGUUUAAAAACGCUUUGUGUACUUAUAUUCGUUUUACAAAACAUCGUCAUGUAAACAAACAAAAUACUUUUCCAUAGAUUUGCACCUCUACCUCCACAUAUUCUUGCUUUAGAUGGUAUAUGCGUUUGCUGUAAUAAACUUGUUCGUGAAAUCGUUUGCGUUAGGUCUCUACAAAAGAUUUGGCAGAAUCGAAGGGCAGAGGGUCAAGACCUGACUCAGCGGAACAUAAUGAAGUUGAAGUAUUGAGGUCGAGUACUCAAGUUAUCGGAAACGAAGUGAAACAAUCAGAGUUAAGACUCCACUCCGCCCAGCAAAAACUGAGAGAUUUAACUAUUAAUAUAAGGUACCGUUGCUCAAAGUUGAUCUUCCCCAUUCCUCACAUUCACGUCUUCUUCGUUUCCCUCCUUCCCCCUUCCUACUUUUCCAUCAACCAUCCCUUCCCCCAGCUUCUCUCUCCUCCUUCUCCUUUUUUUCUUCUUCCUUGUCCUCUUCCCCAUCACCCCUCCUCAUCCCUCCACUUCGUUUCUUUCAGCGUCUUCAACCGCCCCUCUCUUGCUGCUCCUUAUCCUUCUUGUUUUCCUCUUUUUCCGUGUCAUCCUCCUCCUUUACUUCAUCAUCCUCUCUCUCCCUCUCAAUCUACUCCCUUCCCCUCUUUUUUUUUUUUUCCCAAUCUUUCUAUUCCUUCCCUUUCUUCCCUUCGUUGUCCUUCUCCUCGGUAGCCAGCGCACGUUUUAUAUCAAAACCUUUUUAUCUUUCUCCUUAUUGAAAGAAAUUAGCUGUAUAGUUGCCUCUUACCUCUUUUGUAUACAGUGUGAUGUUUUGAUGAUAAAUGUUUAGGCAAAAAGAGGAGUUGAUCAAGGAACUAGCCAAGAGUGAUAGAGAAGCCAAGGACACAAAGAAGCAGUACUCCGAGAAAAUAAAGUCCAUGAAACAGGAGUUGGAAAAAGCCAAAAAAGAGUUGGAAGAAAGUAAGAAAACUCUGGAAGAAUACGAAUCUAAAACUAAUCACGAAGUCGCGGAGAAACAAAAAGUCGAAACUGAGUAUAAGAAAAAGUUGCAGGCGGUGGAGGCCAAGCUUCAGGCUUUGAAACGAAAGCAAAAGGUAAGACUUAUGUUUUGGACGUUUAAGCUGCUACAAGUAUUCUUUGUUAUACUUGGCACUUCUUCGUUCUUUCCAACCGUAAAGACACAGAAGAGAGCUUAUCUUGUUUUGCCUACUCGUUAGAUGAAAUGUCUGAGAAUGGCUCUCGUCUCCUUCGGUAAACAGCUGGAACAUUCGAGAUAGCAGCACCGGAACCUGGACCGUCUUGAAGACCAAGGCAGCGCAUUAGGCCGCUGCGUCCAUAGCAUUCUCUCUUACCCAUCUUUUUGUAGCUUGGUAUCGGUUCUUUUCGAUGUGAUCAUUCGUAAGGUUUUGAACAGAAAUUUUUUGAACAGGAGGUCUCGCAACUGCGUCAGUUGUAUCAUGUAUGGGUCUGCAUUUCGAAAUUUCUUGUCAAAAAGAUAACCUUUUUCCUAUUCAUUUUCUUUAAAUAUUCCAUAGGACAAUGAAAAAAUAAGCGCCCUGCACGAAGAGAGGGAAAAGAAAGUUCAGGAACUUGAGGUGCACAUUGACAGGAUGAGAAAUCAACAGGAUCAGCUCCAGAAGAAGCUUAAAGAAGAGGCUGACAGGAAAAUAAAAAUGGAGAGAGAAAUGCAGAAACAACAGCACAAGAUCAAAGAACUUGAAGAUAAUAUGAGCCAGCAGCAGAAGAUACUCAAAAGGAAAACAGAAGAGGUGGCAGCCGCUAAGCGGCGACUUAGAAGUGUUGGCAAACAAGGAUCUGAAGAAAAGGAGAGGUACGAAUCUUCCUAGAUACGGUAUUGCAUAGAAAGGUUCAUUGGGUUAGGAGUAGUCUUCUGAACAAACACUGGCCAGCUUUUCUUAAUGUACUACUAAAGAACGAGCGAGAUCUCAGAUCUCCUUAACCGUUGCGGUGGUUACUCUUGAAUUUUACCCUAAACCGAAAAAUAAUGAUACCCCUAGGACGUCUACUGUUCUGUUUAUAGCGAUGAACAAGCAAAAUUAGAGCAACGCCGUCAAUGGUUGGAUAAUGAAGUUGAAAAAGUUUUGAGGAGAAAGGAGGCCAUGGAAGCUUUAGCAGAGGAGCUGAAGAAAAGAGAAGCCAUCCUACUAAACAAAGAAGCCAUGCUGGCCGAGAGAAGUGAACUGGAAAUGAAGAAACUACGCUCUAGCCAGAUACUUACCAAGGUAAGAAUAAAACACAUUUUAACUUUUAUGUUUUCUUUAAGGAGACACUUCCUUGUUCAAACUAUUAAGUCACAGAGAAGAGAAAUAGUUUAGAGAGUUAAACCACUUCAUUAACCCUUUACACCCUAACAUCAGUAUGCAUAUUCUCCAUACUGUUUUCCAUAUAUUUUCCAAAGAGGUUGACAAGGAGAAUUUGUUUAACAGUCAAGAGCUGCUUUAGCUGGUGAUUAUCUGCUCUGUUCUCAUGACUUUCGUGUUUGAUUCAGGGGUGAUAUAGUAAGGAGAAAUUAGAUGAACCCUUUAGUCACUCUUAGGGACUAAAGGGUUGAACUCGAAUAAACGUCUGGACUCCGACACCUUCUUAAUGAUGAAAUCAUUUUCAUUUGAAUCCUCUAGGAUAUUCUUAGACUAUCUACCCAACUUGGAGAAGUUGAUAAACAGAUCCAACAAAAGGGGAAAAAUGUGGACGGUAGGAUUCUGUGUUAAAAUCCUGAAUUACUGGUUUAUACGAAAUAUCACCAAGAGCCACUUCACCAGAGAAUCACUGUACUACUUUUAUCUUAAAAGUUGAUUGACGUCUCUGUCGUGACAGAAAAGAUAGAAAUGCCGAAAAGGUCAAGAUACUUUUUUAUUUAAUUUGGACAAACUGUGUCAUUUUACAGAAUAUUCACAUGAAUUCUUUAAGUUUUCCAUGUAUGGCUUUAUUCUAUUGAACAAUUUCUGUAAUUCGUUUGCUCGAUUUGCUCACUAUUAUCAUUGAUUGCGAGAGUAAAGCAAGAACUUUUAUCGUUCAACAUAUCCACCCAUUCACCCAUUUUACCAUAAUUUGUUUUCUAGAAACUGACGCUUCAAGUCAAAGUAAGAGUAAUGAAAGUGCAAAAACUUUGGAGAGAACAAAAGAUGAACUUCUAAAACAACGAGAACUUUUGGAGCAGAAACUACAGGAAGGCUCCUUGUUAGAUCCAAAGGAAGAAAGGAGGUAAAAUUUACAUAUUUUAACACACACACACCCCCCCAACUCUCAGAACUGAUCAACUUGUAAAACGUGCUCACGUUAUCGAUGCACCGUAAAGCUGACAGGUGACGAGAGUCAAUAAAUUUAUCACCCUUGGGGAGUAAUCCUAAUAAAAUCUUAUGACUGACAGGAGGUUCACGUCAUGAAGAUCAAUCGAUCGUUUUAAUAGCAACCGAAGCCAUUUUUUAUCAUACCGAGGUUUCUCGGUUGAAGCAAAACCGAGCACUAUUGAGAUCGCUUCGACGCUGGUGGAACCCAAAUCAGUCAUCAACUUAUGGAAUGCAAAAUAUAGAUAAUCUUUGUGACAAUCACAUGUUGAUAUGCUUCUGUUCUGUCCAGGCUUAUUGAACUGGACGAAGGUAUCGACGCGCUAGAAGCUGCUAUCGAGUUUAAAAACGAUAGAAUUGCCACCCAACAAAAAGAAUUGGACAGUAGUAAACUUCUUACAGACAAAGACCGAGAAGGACUGAUGAGCAAGCUGAGUAACCUCCCACAAAGGGAAGCCACCGCCCUGUUGUCCAAAUACUUUGAGAAAGUUGUCGAGUUGCGGGGAAGUGAGAAGAAACUGGAGCUGCAUUGUAGCGAUUUGGAGGUAAGUAUAAAUGAAUCAGCGAUGGGGUAACGUAUAAAAGGCAGUCUGAUGAUAAUUCGUCUUCCUCUUCGGAGAAAAAUGAAUACAUAAUCAGCAAAAGGAUAGAACAGCGAAAACUGGCUCUCCCUCCGUGAGAAUGUUUUGCUUCCAUCUGAGAUUAAAUUUUGUAAAUUACUUUGCAACAUGAGUAUGUUACUUACCAUUUUUUUACAUUGAAUUUCGCCAGGUUCGUAUAACCGAGCAAGAACGGAUCAUUGGUGAACUGGGUCGUGGAUUGCAGCAAGCUGGAAUAAAAAGGGGACCGAAGGCUAGUGGAGCAUCAAAAGAAAUACGAACAGAGGAUACAGUUCUUAAUGAACAAACUUCGUGAUGCUGAGUUAAAUGAGACACCAGAUGAGAGAAUAAGGUACCUUAUUAAAAAACGUAACAAUAAUCCGGGUCAUAUUUGAUUUAGUUUGAAAUGCAGAAUUUAAGUCACCCUUUUUCGCUGGUAUACCGUGUUGUUUUUUUUUGUUGUUGUCUAAUAUUUGUGUUUGGUUUUGUCGCAUUUGUUUGAAAGAAAUAAUGUAAGCAUAGCGUUGAAGUGUAAUUCAGCUAAGAGUGAUGUCUACCAUAGCUCACGUAGAAAAAUACUGUAUGUAGAUAAAAGGUUAUGUCCUGUCACAAGGGUGAAAUGAAGAUCUGCAGUCGUACGGACACAAAGAAAAUGAUACAAUUGUGAUAGCAUGUAAACUAAACCAAAUAUUUCUCUUUUAUCGCAGUGAACUUGAAAAUAGAGCCCAACAGUUGGAGAAAGAUCUGUAUUACUACAAGAAAACAAGCCGCGACCUGAAAAAGAAACUGCGAGAGAAGAUGGUGUCUGGAAUGGGUACCAGUGUUGAAUCGGAUGUUUUUAUGGCCAGUAGUGAACUGGAAGCUCAGCAUAAAAGUACAGAUGUCUACACCAAGCAUUUAGCGACAGACGUUUCCCGUAUGAAGGUAAAUAUUCCUCUGGUGAUUUUUUAAGAAUGACUGUUGGCUUCCUUUUUGGCCUGCAUUUUGGGUAUCCUACGUUGGGUGUCUUGUUUUCCUCUUUGGCUUUGUAAUUCCUUGGUUACACUCUAACAUUUUUUAAUUUUUUGCCGUUGGUUAGUUAGCUUAUUGUCCACUGACUGACUGACUAAUAAAAUAACUGUUUUACUCACUGACUGACAGACUGACUUUGUGCCUGAUUGACUGUUUGACUUACUGAGUAAAUGACUGACUGAUUGACUGACAGACUGGAUUGUUGACUGAUCGACUUGCUCACUGACCGUCUCAAUAACUGAAUAAUAAGGGUAAGUCUUUAAAUAAACUAUGGUGCUGCGUUGGUGGGGCGUAUUACAAUAUAAUUUGGUUUCAUCAAUUGAGUUUAUAAUGUGAAUUGUCCACCGUAAAGAGUUUCUAAAGCUGAGGUUCCAGCUUCAGCCUUUCGUCAGAGCAAAUCCGCGCUCUAAAAGGGUCUAACAUUCGAACAUCGGCUUUAGGUUCUCUGAACGGUGGCCAAUUCACAUCAUCAACUCAUCUGAUAAAACCAAAUUAUCUUGUCUCAAUAAGUAACUGAUUGACUGUUUGAAUUAAUGACUGACUUAUUGAAUGAUUGGUUGACUAAAUGACUGACUGACUCACGGACCAACGUACGGACAAACUGAACUUCAAAUUCAUUGAUUGAUUGAUUGAUAUCUUCCAUUUUGUUAUCUAUUACCUUAAAGCAUUCUCUCGCCGAAAAGGGAAUGGGAGUUCCUUCUCAAGCUUCUACUCCUGUUAGGGUUUCUCGUAAAGAGCUUCGACAGCUGAGGUACUUUUAACUAAAGUAACGAGCCAAGUUUGAUGGCCUUGUGUCUUUGCUUAGUACUUUGGUUGUCACAUAACGCUAAAGAACAAUGAUAAUAAUAAUAAUAAUGAUUUAAGAAAGACUCUCUACACGAUGUGAAGGGGGCCAAGAAAGGACGAUGAGGCGAACUGUUUUUUCGCUGUAAAAUUAAACAAUAGAGAACAACGUUUGUAAUGAGUUUUUCAUGUAUUUACUUGUCGAUAGAGAGGCUGAUUUGUGUGCCUAGAUUGGAAUAGUCGUCCAAGUGAUUCUCUGAUUUUACUCUCACCUCAGUUCACAGGAAGUGUCAAUGCGUAGAUCUCAGUCUUCUGUGGCCAGCACGGUCCCUGAAUUGCCAGGUCUCUUUGACAAACACAGCCUUGUGGAAGAAUCUGCCGACGACUUAGUACAAGGUGUGUGAACGACAGUUCAAUAACUCCUCCGUAGUUUUCAUUUCUCGAUACAUAUUAUAUUUUUAAAGGAUAUGAUAUGUGAUGAUAAUUACUGAAAGACCAAUUUAAAUAAUAUGCCAUUUUUUCCCUCAGAUUCAAUUGAACAAAACAAGAAUCCCUGGGCUUAAAUCUACAUUUUUACCAACGUGAGAAAGGAAGAUGUAAGGAAUUGAGACCAUGGAUGAAUUUGAUGUGUUAAUAUAGAUUAGUUUUCCAUGGUCUAUGUGACAUUGCAACCCACUAUUAAUUUCCGCGUGAUUCUAUUGGCUACUUUACAUCGCGUGGUGCAAAAUCACUGGACCGGGAAGAAGCCAGCUCUAGUGUUUUACUUUUUAAUCUUUAUUACUUUACCCGGAAGAAAAACCAAUUGGUUUAGUAGAGUAAUCGUGGUAGUGAUAUGAAAAAGCAGAUCUCAAAUUCUGCUCCAGAAAGUACAAAAUGUCAAGAAAAUUUAUUGUCAUCGCGCGGUAUGACACGUAAUGGGAGGAUUAUAAAUCAAAUAAGCCACCUUCUGGCUUGCUGGUAUGUCGGCUGUGAUGUCCUUUGCUGAGAGACUGUCCUCAAAAUUUCACAUUUUCCCUCGAAGCUUCGCUUUCCCGCCAGAAAAUUCGUUUUUCGGACGAUUACCCAGUCGUGGAAGUUAGCCAUCGACACACCAGCUACCGGAAGGAGUUUAUUUACUUAAUUUUUGUUUCAGUAAACUCUUGCCCCAUGUAUUUUAUUGUUUUCAACAGUUGGUCGACUCUGUAAAGAAUGUGUUGUGGAGCUAAAAUGCAACUUUAUUGUUACAUACAUUCGUCGUGAAAACAGACUAAGGGUGAAAACUUGAAGUGUGUCAGUAUUUAUUUAUUUGUUUAUUACUAAUGCGUUCUUGUGGAUAAUUGGUUUUAGUAACAAUCGUUCCUUCAGCUUUUGUGCGUUUGUUUAUUUUUACAGCACAAGCUACUUUUUAGAAGCAUGUUAAAUAAAGAGCCUGACGGCCGUAACGGACAAACGGGACAGCAUAGCUGUAUUUUACUUCCUCUCCUUUUAUUUCUUUGAACUGUAGAACAAUUCUGUAAAAAAGACAUGGGUAUAAUACAAAGUUGUAUAAAAUCAUACGUUGUAAUUAUAAAGUUGAAAGUCUACUUUUCAUCUUAAUCAUGUUUACUUCUGAACAGUUCAUAUAAUGAAACAGUUUUCUACACUUGUUCAAAG